GAUAUUAUUACACGACACACUUCGGUUAUGUAGCUAAACCGGUUAUCAGAAUUAAUUCCGGUUAACCUGAAUUUGACUCUUUCGUGUCGCCGCCACACACAAUCAAACAUCACCCGCCACUCACUUCUCCCAUCUCUAAAAAAUGGCGUCGUCGUGCUCUUCUCUCUCUUCCUUCAACUGGACUCAUCAAAACUCUCUCCACCGUCAUCGUCGAUCAUCCGUUACUCCCCGUAACGACCGUCACGUCAUCAUCUCCUCCGUCAAAACCGCCGAUGGAAACGGCAACGUCACUUCUCCUACGAAUGACAACAUCCGCGACGAAGAAGCUCGCCGCAAUCGCUCAACCUCCUCCGCCGUAAGUCCUUUCUCCGCUAGAUACGUUCCGUUCAACGCACCGGCUGAGUCAACGGAGUCAUACUCCCUAGACGAGAUCGUAUACCGUAGCAAAUCCGGUGGUCUUCUCGAUGUAGAACACGACCUCGAAGCUUUGAAACAUUACGACGGAGCUUACUGGCGUAAACUAUUCGAUUCGAGAGUUGGAAAAACCAAGUGGCCUUACGGAUCUGGAGUCUGGUCCAAGAAAGAGUGGGUGCUUCCUCAAAUCCACGACGAUGACAUUGUUUCCACUUUCGAAGGUAACUCUAAUCUCUUCUGGGCUGAGAGGUUCGGCAAAAAGUUUCUACAGAUGAAUGAUUUAUGGGUGAAGCAUUGUGGAAUUAGUCAUACAGGAAGUUUUAAAGAUCUUGGUAUGACUGUUUUGGUAAGUCAAGUCAAUCGUUUAAGGAAGAUGAAUAAACCUGUGGUUGGAGUUGGUUGUGCUUCUACCGGAGAUACUUCCGCUGCUCUUUCGGCUUAUUGCGCAUCCGCGGGGAUCCCCUCGAUUGUGAUCUUACCGGCGAACAAAAUCUCAAUGGCUCAGCUGGUUCAGCCGAUUGCCAACGGUGCGUUUGUUUUGAGUAUUGACACUGAUUUUGAUGGUUGUAUGAAGCUGAUUAAGGAGAUUACUUCGGAGUUGCCGAUUUAUUUGGCGAAUUCGUUGAAUAGUUUGAGGUUAGAAGGACAAAAGACUGCAGCGAUUGAGAUUCUUCAGCAGUUUAAUUGGGAAGUUCCAGAUUGGGUGAUUGUUCCUGGAGGCAAUCUUGGUAACAUUUAUGCGUUUUACAAGGGUUUUAAGAUGUGUAAAGAGCUUGGGCUUGUGGAUAGGAUUCCGAGGCUGGUUUGCGCACAAGCGGCUAACGCGAAUCCGCUUUACUUGCAUUACAAGGCAGGUUGGAAAGAUUUCAAGCCGGUUAAGGCUAGUUCCACUUUUGCAUCUGCGAUUCAGAUUGGUGAUCCGGUUUCGAUAGACAGGGCGGUGUAUGCUCUUAGAAACUGCGACGGCAUUGUGGAAGAAGCCACGGAAGAGGAGCUUAUGGAUGCCAUGGCUCAGGCAGAUUCCACUGGAAUGUUUGUUUGUCCACACACUGGUGUUGCCCUAACGGCUCUGUUUAAAUUGAGGAACCAAGGAGUGAUUGCACCAACUGAUCGGACCGUGGUGGUGAGUACUGCUCACGGGUUGAAAUUCAGCCAGUCUAAAAUCGAUUACCACUCGAAAGCCAUACCCGAUAUGGCUUGCCGGUUCUCAAAUCCCCCAGUUGAAGUGAAUGCAGAUUUUGGAGCCGUGAUGGAUGUCCUCAAGGGUUACCUGGGUAAUAAGGCACUUAAUUAGGUCAUAGAUCGGCCAAUGCUAUAUAUGAGCUACUUGUAUAUCUCCCAUCUACGUUACUAUUUCCACAAAAUAUUAUUUUGGUAUAAAUUUUGAUACACUCUUUGCAGAGCAAAAUCAAGAUUUGAAGAAGAGAAUUAUCUAUGCAUUUCACAAAGGUUUUAGAAUGUGUCAAGAACUUGGA